CGCAGCAGAGGGAUAACGCGUCAGACCGGCUCGCAGCGCACGCUCGUCGGAGAUAGUCUAUUAAAGCAACACGAGCCACUACGUCACAGCGUCACGGACACUGUCCCACUCAAACGGAGACCCACAUAGACUGCGCGUGCGCCGGUGUCCCGGUAUAGGCUCGGAGUGAGGCCUCUGUCGGCUGCUCUCCGAGCUUCGUACGUUCAGCGGGCCUCUCCUCUCAUGUCUCCCCGGCUGUUGAGGCUGGUUUCCGGCUCGGACUCUGCGGUUCUCUGACUCCCUGUUCGCGGUGUAUUGGUUCUCGGAUGGCGGCGAUGCUCUGGCUGGGAGCGGCGGCGACGGUCUUCUGCCUGGUGCCCGGCUCCCUGGGAGGCGCAGGCCGGCUCUACACGGAGGAGGACCCGCUGGUGAUCCUGAGCAGCGACAGCCUGAAGUCCGCCGUCACUAACUCGUCCUCGGCCUGGCUCAUCCAGUUCUUCUCGUCCUGGUGUGGACACUGCAUCCAGUACUCCAGCACAUGGAAGGCUCUGGCCCAGGACGUGAAAGACUGGCAGGAUGCCAUCAGCGUGGGUGUGUUGGACUGCGCUCAGGAGGAAAACUUUGACGUCUGUAAGGACUACAGCAUCAAGUUCUACCCCACCUUCAAGUUCUUCUGGGCCCACAGUCCACCAUCGGAGCGAGGGACGACCUACAGAGGUGCAGACCGGUCGAUCCCGUCUGUCCGUCAGCUGAUGGUGAACGUCCUGCAGAACCACACUAAUCUGGACCGGCCCAAGCACUGCCCUCCUUUAGAGCCCUACAGCGCUGCUCAACUGCUACCUCUGCUGGGUCAAAGGUCAGAUCACUACACGGCCAUCCUGGUGGAGGAACCGGACUCGUACGUGGGGCGAGAGGUGAUCCUGGACCUGCUGCAGUAUUUGGGUGUGCAGGUGAAGAGAGCUCUGAGCUCUGAUCGCCCCCUGGUGGACGCUCUGAAGCUCACUGCCUUCCCUGCCAUCUACCUGCUUCAUCCCAAUGGGACACAUGCACACCUGCACAGCGAGAAGCCGCUGCGUUUCUUCUUCUCCUCCUUGCUGAGGACGUUACCUGGAGUCCAGCGCCGUUUAAAGUCGAGCAGCACCAGCAGUUCCGGUGCGAGCCAAGUGGGGGCGCUGCCGGGCAAACAGAACACAGAACCAUGGAGGGACUUUGACAGGUCUAAGGUGUACACGGCCGACUUGGAGACAGCGCUCCACUACCUGCUGAGGGUCGAGCUGGCUACCCAUAAUACACUGGAAGGGGAGGAGCUAAAGAUCUUCAAGGACUUGGUGACUUUAGUGGCAAAGCUGUAUCCAGGUGGCGGCUCUGUGGUGAAGUUAAUGGAGACGCUUUCUGAUUGGCUGCUCAGCAUGCCGCUGCAGCGAAUCCCGUACCAGGCCGUCCUGGACCUGGUGGAUAACAAGAUGAGGAUCUCAGGUGUGUUCCUAGGGGCGGAGCUUCGUUGGGUGGGUUGCCAGGGGAGUAGGGCGGGGCUUCGAGGCUACCCGUGUUCCCUCUGGACCCUGUUCCAUGUUCUGACUGUUCAACAUGAUGCCAACCCCACCGCACUGGACAACACAGGUCUGGAGGCUGAGGCGGCGCCGGUGCUGCAGAUGAUGCGCCGCUACAUCCGAACCUUCUUUGGCUGCCGGGAGUGCGGCCGGCACUUCGAGCAGGCGGCAGCGGUCGGCAUGGACAACGUACAGAACAGAGAGCAGCAGAUCCUCUGGCUGUGGCAGCAACACAACCGGGGCAACAUGAGGCUGGCAGGCUCUCUGAGCGACGACCCCCUCUUCCCUAAAGCUCCAUGGCCAAGCCCCUCCCUCUGCGCUUCCUGCCACGAGGAGAAAAACGGCGUCCACGUCUGGAACCAGGACAACGUCCUCCGCUUUCUACGACAACACUACGCCGCCUCAAACCUGUCCCCCGAGUACUCCGUGACCCCCCCUCGACUUCCUGCUCCUCCAGUUCCCAAGGAGCACGAAGGAGGCGUGAGGAGCGACUCGGAGAAGAAGUCCUCCACCCAGACUCCUCGUCCAGGACGCCAGGCUGUGAAGGGGGAGGAGAGGAGGGAGGUGGUGGGUGUGGCUGGAGGAGGGGGCGGAGUCUGGCUUCUAGGCUUUAACAGUGUGGACAUGAGUCUGUGUGUGGUGCUGUACGUGUGCUCCUGCCUCUUCCUCAUGCUCCUCUUCUUCUUCUUUAAAGUGCGAUCCAGGAGGUGGAAGCUCCGCUCCUCCCGCCUCCACGUCUGACCCGGACCGGCCCGGGUGGAGCCAGGACCAGAGCUGGUUCUGGUUCAGGGCUUUUUCUCAUAGACUGAUCGGCGCCUGAUCAGAUGGCAGGAGUUUAGACCAAAUGUGAGCGGCACAAACAAAGUGAUGUUUGUCUGUGGAGGCGAAGCUGAACGCUUCCUCUCGCUGGGAACACGAGCAAUGAAGAACAAGCUCUGUGGCCGAGGACGAAGACCCACAACCGUGUAACUGACCCUGAGAAUUAUCUUAAAUAAACAUGUGACAGACUCUGGUCCUUCUGGGGUCGAGUGAAGCCACGACUGGACCAGAGCCGAGGAGUCCGUCCCGACGGAGCCGAGAUAAAAACCUCUAAACCCUGAACCGCAGUCAGCCCUGAACCAGGCCACAACCAGCCCUGGUUUUGGAUUUACUCACUCGUAUGUGGACACCCGUCUGGACUCUCAGGUCUGAAUGUAUUUAUUUUUACCUGUCAAACUCCUCUGGACCCUCUGACCAGGUGUCUGAGACCUGGACAAGCUGCUGUGGGCUGGGUUCAUUUCCCAGAAUCCCACAGGAGGACCUAAGGGUAGACCCUUAACAGCCUGGACGUGACAGUAUCAAAGUGAGUUCACUUUGUGCCAAACCUUCAACCUGCUAACAGAAGACACACCUGUCCUCUCAGGCCCCGCCCACUCCGUGCGUGUGCUGUUGUAUGUCUGUGUUUGUGAUAGGAGGGAAACCCGUCCUGAUAAACUGAUGACUGAUUGUAGUUUUGAAGUUUCUUUUUGUGAAGUGAUUCAAAUAUGAACCAUGUUUAUCACUUUAGUUUAUUUCCUGUAAAGAAUUCGAACCCCAAAGGCCCAGAGUGAGUUGGUUUUCUACUAAACAACCAAAAUGACGAAGCACAUGUGAAAGCCGUGUUUACCGGUUGUAUAAAUGUUUGUCUUUAUGUUCCAGAUUAUUUUCUUCAAAUAAAAUCAAACUGCUGAAACCUGCA